AUGACACAUACCUCAAUUCUCUACCAAAAUCAUGUUUCAACAAUUUUCCUAAUCGACGUUCCCACCUCAAUCGCCCUCGCACAGUCUCUCCCUAAACAAGCCCCUUCAAAGAAGAGUCUCCUCUCCUCACCCGCUUUAGAGACCCCGUACCCGCCAUCAACAGAACCUAAGACUGCUACUGCGCGGGCGCGGGUGCUUGAGCGCAUACCGCACUCGGAGAGGGAGGUUGCAGCUGCUAUCGAGCCGGUGGUUCUGGGGGCAUUGGCUGAGAUUCGGAGUGGGUUUCAGAGUAGGGUAAAGUGGUGUUUUGAGAGGUGCUUGAUUGGAGAUGGCGAUGCAGAUGGGCAUGAACACGAGAAUAGGAAUAUGGCUUCUAUUGAGAGAGGUGGCGGUGGCGUGACGCUUGGGAAGAGAAGGAGGAAGGGCGAGGCUGAAUAUCACCAAGAUAACCAAUCGACCUCUGAUGGCCCUGGCAUACAACCUCUUGAAUUGGAGCAACCGGUAGAGUCUAUGCCUACCAACCAACCACCCCUUAUCCUCUCCCCAGGCCUGAACAGAUUUACAUCCGGGGCCGAACUACGCAAUCACAUCGUCAAAAAUACAUCCCCCUCAACCGCCACAGUCUCAAUACAUCCACAAAAAAAUAACCCAUCCAACAUCCUCGCUGCAAGAGACCGACAGAUUAAAGUUCAAAAUCAACACCGCACAUACACAAUCCCGCCACUAUCCACCUUCCUCAUAUGCAAUCUCCCCAUCUCAACCCCACCAACGAGGGAAACUAAGCACAACCCCAUCCCGAGCCUCGACCCUAACCAAAAAUUCAACCUCAUCCUCCUCGACCCACCAUGGAGCAAUAGGUCUGUCCGGCGAAGCGGCCAUUACGAGACGCAGUCGUAUUCGCAUUUUGAGCUGCUGACGGAGUGGGUUUGUAAUCUACUACGGGUGCAUUCGUUCUCGACUCCUCCUUCUGUCACUAUUGAAAGCGGAGAAGGGGAAGUGGCAAGUGAGAGGGAAGAUAGUUCGAGAUCCGACACAUGCAUUGCUGCAAUCUGGAUAACAAACUCCGCAAAAGCACGACGGACAGCUUACGAUUCUCUCACACGUGCAGGAUUCGCAAUUAUCGAGGAGUGGGUGUGGAUCAAGACGACUGUGUACGGGGAGCCUGUUACGCCCGUUGAGGGGCUGUGGAGGAAGCCGUAUGAGGUUCUUGUUGUUGGGGUGAAGAAGGAGAACGAAGAGAAGGAGAGUGAGGAAGAUACUACUCGGAGUAUACGAAGAAGAGUCAUUGCUGGUGUUCCAGAUGUGCAUUCGAGGAAGCCGAAUUUGAGGGAGGUUUUUGAGAGGGUUUUCUUUCCGUCUCCGUCUUCGUCUGCCUCGGGUUGUGCUGAUGCUGGAAGAAUGAGGUAUGAGGCUUUGGAGGUAUUCGCCCGCAAUCUUACUGCUGGGUGGUGGGCUUGUGGGGAUGAGGUGCUCAAGUUUAAUGAUGGGGAGUGCUGGGUUGAUGUUGAUGCUUGA